GUAAACACUUCAGCCUCUUUCGUUUUUCUUUUCUAUUUUAUCCGUGAUCCACACGUGAUUUAGCUACACGUUUACGUCAUCACGCACAAGGAAGUGAGCUUGGAGGGAGUUGUAAGCUAAGCAUGGCUGCAAAGGUAGUUUUCCCCAGAAGGGCUGAUCCAGCUGAGCUGAAGUCUAUUUUUUUAAAGUAUGCAAGCAUUCAGAAAAAUGAAGAGCACUUCAUGUCUCCCGAGGACUUCGUCUGUCGGUUCCUCCAUGCGCACACAGACGUCAGGCUGUCUGAGGGGGCUGUAAACUUGCUGGCAGGUGUUGUUGACCAGACCAAAGAUGGGUUGAUUUCCUUCCAGGAGUUUCUUGCGUUUGAGUCUGUGUUGUGUUCUCCGGAUGCACUCUUCAUGGUCGCCUUCCAGCUGUUUGACAAAACCGGAAACGGAGUGGCAACGUUCGAUGAUGUGAAGCAGGUUUUUGGCCAGACCACUAUUCAUCAGCACAUUCCUUUUAACUGGGACUCGGAGUUCAUGCAGCUGCACUUUGGCAAGGAGCGAAAGAAGCACCUCUCGUAUGGAGAGUUCACACAGUUCCUACUGGAAAUGCAACUGGAGCAUGCAAGGCAGGCUUUCAUCCAGAGGGACAAGGCCCGAACCGGCACUAUCACUGCCCUGGACUUCCGGGACAUCAUGGUCACCAUCCGGCCACACAUGCUGACGCCGUUUGUGGAGGAGUCCUUGGUCGCCGUCGCUGGUGGUGGCACCUCCCACCAGGUCAGCUUCUCCUACUUCAGUGGCUUUAAUUCUCUGCUGAACAACAUGGAGCUCAUGAGGAAGAUCUACUCCACUCUGGCCGGGAGUCGCAAAGACGUCGAGGUCACUAAAGAGGAGUUCAUCAUAGCGGCGCAGAGGUUUGGUCAGGUGACCCCCAUGGAGGUGGACAUCCUGUUUAAGCUGGCUGACCUGUCUGAGCCGCGGGGGCGCGUGGGCCUCCUCGACAUCGAACAGAUCGCGCCGUUGGAGGAGGGGGCUCUUCCGUACAACCUUGCCGAGGUCCAGAGACAGCAGUCCACCGGCGAGGUGUCCCGCCCCUUCCUCGUCCAGGCAGCCGAGUCCGCCUACAGGUUCGGCUUGGGCUCAAUCGCUGGAGCUGUGGGCGCCACCGCGGUGUACCCCAUCGACCUGGUGAAGACCCGCAUGCAGAACCAGCGCACGUCGGGCUCCUUCGUCGGGGAGCUGAUGUACAAGAGCAGCUUCGACUGCUUCAAGAAGGUGGUGCGCUACGAGGGCUUCUUCGGCCUCUACAGAGGUCUGGUACCGCAGCUUCUGGGUGUGGCUCCAGAGAAGGCCAUAAAGCUUACAGUGAAUGAUUUUGUCCGAGGAAAAACUGUCCAGAAGGAUGGAACGAUCCCACUUCCCGCUGAAAUCCUUGCUGGCGGAUGUGCCGGCGGCUCCCAGGUGAUCUUCACCAACCCGCUGGAGAUCGUGAAGAUCCGGCUGCAGGUCGCCGGGGAGAUCACCACGGGCCCCCGGGUCAGCGCGCUGUCCGUCAUGCGGGACCUGGGCUUCUUCGGCCUCUACAAGGGCGCGAAGGCCUGCUUCCUGCGCGACAUCCCCUUCUCGGCCAUCUACUUCCCCUGCUACGCGCACACCAAGGCGGCCCUGUCGGACCAGGACGGGCGCGUGGGGCCGGGGAGGCUGCUGCUGGCGGGGGCCCUGGCGGGCAUGCCCGCUGCCUCUCUGGUGACCCCUGCUGAUGUUAUCAAGACCCGCCUGCAAGUGGCCGCUCGUGCUGGCCAGACCACGUACAAUGGGCUUCUUGACUGCUUCUGGAAAAUCCUGAGGGAAGAAGGGCCUCGAGCUUUCUGGAAAGGAGCCGGAGCUCGAGUGUUCCGUUCCUCACCGCAGUUUGGAGUCACUCUGGUGACCUAUGAGCUGCUGCAGAGAUGGUUCUACGUGGACUUCGGUGGACAAAAACCAGUUGGCGCGGAACCCACCCCCAAAUCUCGAAUCAGCCUGCCGGCACCGAAUCCGGACCAUAUCGGGGGUUUCAGGUUGGCGGUGGCCACGUUUGCGGGAAUCGAGAGUAAAUACGGGCUCCAUCUUCCGCGGUUCAGUGUACCAGCGCCUCCCUCCGCGGAUCACCCCUGAGAGGACAUGCACCACCCACACACACCCACACACACGCACACACACAUACCACACACGCACGCACACACACACACACACACUCACACACACACACAUAUACCACACACGCACACACACACACGUACCACACAUGCACGCACACACACACACAUACCACACACACACACACGCACACGCACACACGCACACACACACACACCUGCUCUGUGCCUCUUCUCAGCCCAUCCUAUGAAAGCAGAAGUGCUUCCUACAGAGUGGCUGUAGUCAAUAUCUUACUGACAGAAUCACACCAUGACUAGUACAAUACUCACACCAUUAAAUUAGUAUUAAAGAUUGGAUUUAAAGUAUUUUUUUAGUAAUAUUUAUCACCAUAUGACAUUAUAUUGCUGUAAAAGUUAUACUUGCAAAAGUGCUGGUAUGUUACCAGUAUAAAUACUGUAGUAUCCUGUGUACUGUCAACUGUCUCGUUCACUAUUAACUUUUUGAGGAGUGAGAUGUUUAUUCAUGUGGCCAUGUAAUUGUCUCAUAUCUCACAUGUUUUCUUGGAAGAAGAGGUUUUUCCAACCACAUGAGUUAUAACUCGCUUAGUGAUUUUGGGUUGAUUAUCGUUGCUAGCAAACAAUCCAUCCAGCAGGAAGCACUCCUAACCGGUUUUCAGGUUUGACUAGGUUUAGUUAAGGUCACGUCCAAACAGAUGCAAAUGAGUGUAAAUGGUAUACGGAUUAUAUAAAUGAUGUAACCAUUGUAAUUUAAUGGUUAAAUGCAACUAUCAGCAAAACUUGUGAUAAGAAAGCACAGGGACUUCCGGGUGGAAUUACUGUGAUCAGAGAAUUAAAAAAAAAUGCUUCAUAACAACAACAUGCAGCUGUUCCUUUGUUCAGGAAGCAUAUUAAUUGCUGCAAAAUUAUGUAAUUGAAUCUUUAAAGGAGUGGUAUCAUGACAUAAAUAGCGAAUAAUUGUAAAACUUGAAUGUAAUUUAAUUUUAAUUAUUUAAAGAAUUCUAAAGUAGCAAUAUGUGAGUGAUUGUGUUGAAUCUUGGUCUAUUUUUAGAGUGAAAAUGACUGUAGUGUCUGUCUUUACUGUGUGUUACUGAGAUGUGAAUAACAGUCAGGCCCAGCCAAUGAGACUGCAUUGUUUCUCAGUCAGAAGGUGGUAACUGCAGAAAUGAUUAAUCACUGUCAAUUUGAUUCUCUAAUUUAAUUUUAUGUUUUGCAGAGCGGUGAUACAUUAGAGCGUGUAUGGUGUGUCGUACGUGUGCCUUAGGCUAUGUAUGGCAGGAAUGUGUGUACCAAUACAAAAGAGUAAUAAUGUACUGUUAUACUUACAUAUAUACUAAUACAUAUGCUAAUGCUAACAGACAAGUGCCUCAUCUUUGCCACUUGUCAAGAGAAAUGUAUUUAUUUUCAUUUAUACUUUGACCAAUCCUGAAGUUACUACACAUUUCAUUUAUUUUGUCAAUGUGGUUUAAUUCAGCAUAGCAACACACAGUUUGCUAGUGGAAGGUGCUUAAACACUAGUCUUGCUGACAAUUUUGUCUGAAGUACAACAUUAUCUGAUUAUGCUGGACUGAAAUAAAUGAACUGAAAUAUAUUUCUUUCAA